CCAGCUGCCCCUCCUUUGCCCUCUGCUGAGAAGGCAACCCCUCCACCUGCUAGGUUUAUGAAAAGCCCCAAAUCCAGCUCUCCUGCUCCCAAACCCAAACCCAGGCCCCCCAGCCCAGAGGACACAGGAUCUUCAGAGAACACAGCCUCUUCAGAGCCCGUGGACUGGCGGGACCCCAGCCAGAUGGCACAGCUUCGGAGCGAGCUGGCAGCCUACCUCUUUGGCUCCAAGAGAGAGGACCGAGGCACCAGUCACAGGCCAGGCCCGACGGCGGCCUCCCCAGGAAAGGAGGACAGGAAGGGCCCCGGCCUGAUGGAGAAGGAGAUCCCCCCAAGUGGUCCUGAGAAGAGUCCCCGCCCAGACAGAGAGGUCACGGCCAGCCUGCCCCUGCCCCUGCCUCUGCCCCCUGCGGACUACGCCCCCCAGGACUCUCCGCUGCUCAGUGUCCAGCAGAUCCGGAGUGAGCUGGAGGCGCGGCUUUCGGCAUCUGCGGAGAAGGACCCCAAGCCCAGCAUCGGGUCUCUGCCCCCCAAGCCUCGGCUAGAAGCGGGGAGAGCCUUUGAAAACAGAGCUGCUAAUGGCCAGUGCUCCAAGCCCGCGGCCAAGAACACGCCACCACUCUCCACCACCGCCCAGCCAACCACACCGCACCAGUCCAAGGCCAUGCCUGGGCCAGCCACACCACCCAAAUCCACACCUGCUGCAGCCGCGCGUGGGCCGGCCACACCACCCACAGCCACCACCCUGCCCGCCGCGUCAUUCCCAAUGACAGAGAAGAAACUGGCCCCAGCCGAGCAGAGGAAGAAACCAGAACCCCAAGAAUUCGCAGCGCCUUCCCAGCCAGAGGCAGAAGGGCGCCCCUCGGAGGCCAGGAAGCCUCCUACACAGGGAGCCCUGUCCCCUCCAGCCCUCCCACCAAAGAUGUCCCCUGGGAGAGAAGAGGCGAGCUGCCUCUACAAACCCCAUCGCAGCCAGAACAGCCCCAGCCGCGAGGUUGCCGUGGUGAUGCCCACCAUGGCCAGAGGAGCGGCUGCGGGCCUGCAGACGAACUGA